GUUGGGGUAGUAGGGGGUGUGCGCGUGGGGUGGCUUACAGUAGUUAAACUGGAAGGAUGAAGAGGAAACGAAGGUUUCGGAUGGCGGAAACUUUUGUGGCAGGCGCGCUUGGGCCAAGUCUUGGCGGCUCCGUUCACUUUUUGAUCAGUCGAUGAACCAUCAUCGUAAACAUCAAAAUCAGGUAGCGAGCCACUAAGUCGUUCGUUAUUGAGAGAUGAGUCUAGUGCAUGCUUCGAGGCACGUUGCAGGUCGAGGCGCAUGUCGAUGGAGCUCCUAUGCUGAGAUAUCUCGAUUUGUUCGAACACGCCCUCACAGCAUCACGUUUGGUCGCGCACAGUUAUGCUCACGGGUAGCGACUCGCUCCAUAGCGAGCGUCCAGCCCAGCACGCAAGCACUAUCGCCAGAGCAGAAGCUUCGCAAUGCAUUGGAUGAUUUCAAAGCUUCAACACUUCAAUCCUGGAGACACCUCGAUGAUGAAUGGAGGGUGCUACGAUCGGAUAGCUUAAAUCAUAAACAAGCUGGUCGAGAGGUUGAGAUCACGGGCUACCUGGGCACACGACGAGAUAUAAGUCAAAAGCUGUCUUUCGCCAUGCUCCGCAGCAAGAAUCAAACAUGGUGCAUUCAGAUUGUGUCUACAGGUAACGCUGAGGGCGAAGAGGCAAAGGCGCAUAAUCGCCUCCGGACCUUGAGAGAAUGGACACCGGUCGUUGUUCGAGGCAGGCUGCUAGGGAGAAAGCAAGCCGACAGCGAUACCUAUCUUGGAAUGAAGAUGGUCACAGAUCGGGAGAUUUCGCUGACAAGCAUCACUCCUCUGAACGAGAUGCCAAACGACAUCAUAAUUAAGCAAGACACCGUCUUCGGGCCUGAGCAGCGACACCUGCAACUGCGGACCGACUCCGAGCUGCGCGAGAACAUUCUCAUGCGGCACAAGGCUAUGCAAAGAGCGCGACUGGAGCUGACGGCAAAUGGGUGGAGGGAAAUCGAGACCCCCAUCCUGUUCAAAUCCACUCCUGAAGGCGCACGAGAGUUCCUUGUGCCAACGCGGACUAAAGGUUUGGCAUACGCACUUCCCCAGAGUCCACAGCAGUACAAACAGAUUCUGAUGGCCUCGGGCAUCACCAAGUACUAUCAGUUCGCACGCUGUUUCCGCGACGAGGACCUGCGAGCCGAUCGACAGCCAGAGUUCACGCAGCUCGAUAUGGAGAUGUCGUUUGCGGGUGAGGAAGACAUGAUGGCCGAGACCGAAAAGCUACUGAGAACGCUGUGGUACAAGAUCCUCAAGCAAAAGGUGCCUGAAUCUUUCCCUCGAAUGACCUACCAGGAGGCCAUGGCUUCAUAUGGAUCAGACAAGCCUGAUCUGCGCCACAACUCCAAGAUCCACAACAUCACCCAGCACCUGCCCGCAGACCUGAUCGGCAAGAUCACGCCCCUCGAAGACUCUACUGUAGACGCUAUCAAGAUCUCCAUCUCAUCUGACCCGAAGGUCACACGGAGAUUCAUCUCCGACUUCCUCGACAGCUCCGAAGGCCGCCCCUUCCUCGAAAACCCCGACGGCCAACCCGGCGUCUUCGUCGGCGACCACGGAGCCCCCAUGCAAGGCCUGGGUCCCCUCGGCCACCAGUAUCUGAUGGAGGGCCCAACCGACCUCGCCAUCGAACACGGCGACCUGCUGGUAGUGCAGGCACGCCCCACCGCCCCCUUCGCCGGCGGUGCCACGGCCCUCGGUACCCUGCGCCUAGCACUCCACAAAGCAGCCAUCGCGGCAGGCCUCGCCCCGCCCCCCGACCCCAAAGACUUCCGCUUCCUCUGGAUCCACGACUUCCCCCUCUUCUCGCCCACGACUGCCUCCGAGCCCGGCCAGGGCGGCGCCGCCGGCCUCGCCGCAACACACCACCCCUUCACCGCGCCCAAGACGCCCGCCGACGUCGAACUCUUGCUCACUGCCCCCACGGAUGCAGUCGCUGCACACUACGACAUCGUCGUCAACGGCGUCGAGCUCGGAGGCGGCAGCCGCCGUAUCCACAGCGCCGCCGUGCAGGAAUUCGUGUUCCGCGACGUGCUGUGCAUGGCGCCGGAGCGCGUCGAGGAUUUCCGCCACCUGCUCGAUGUGCUGAGGUCCGGGUGUCCGCCGCACUGUGGGCUUGCGCUGGGCUGGGACCGGGUGAUGGCGGUGAUGUGCGGGAAGGAGAGUGUGAGAGAUGUCAUUGCGUUUCCGAAGAGUGGGAGGGGCGAGGAUUUGGUGGUUAAGAGCCCCAAUCGGCCCACGGAGGGGCAGUGGGAUACAUAUGGGCUGCAGGUGAAGCAGUAGGGAGUGGGGAGUGAGGAGUGUGCCUGACUGUUCGGCAGGACGGGGCUUUCCAUGUAAUAUGUAUAUUGCCAUGUACAACUAUUGUUCAAAAUGGAACUUGACAAGAUUACGCCGCUUUUGUUAAGCUUCAAACGCGCAUCCUAGAAAUUGUAGCUUAGUCACAACAUUUACUGCAACAUCGGGCAAGGAUGAUUGAUAGUUUCAACAUAAGUUUUUCUCAUAGAAUAUCUAUGCUUGAACGCCUGAACGGAGGUGUCCAAGUAUAGUUCCGUGG